AUGUCAGAUAAAAUUUCUAAGUAUGAUUUAAAACGAACAACAGCGUUUAACCGUUUAAAAGAAACUUAUGACAUUGGUGUUGCAAUAUCUACUGACAACUCUCAAAAAUCGAUAUUUUUAGCUAGAGUAGAGACUAUUGACAAGGUGUAUGAAGAUUUUAUAACUUAUCACAAUCAAAUUAUUUCUCUCAUAUCAGACGAAGAUUUUAAAAAAUAUGAUGCUUUACGUAUAUCACCUGACAACGCAUUCUACGGAUCUAAAGCUAUAAAAUAUCAAAUUAUAGGUGACAGUUCUUUGACAAAUAAUUCGACCAAUGUUUCCACUCCUAAAAUUACUGCAAAAUUACCGAAAAUUACUCUUCCUAUAUUUGAAGGCGAUUUCAAAAGUUGGUCUGGAUUUUUUGAUCUUUUUAAUACUUUAAUACAUGAAAAUUCACAAUUGUCAAAUGUAGAAAAGUUUCAAUAUUUACUAACGUUAUUGGGUAAAGAACCUGUAAUUAAAGGACUUCCAGUCACUGAAAACAAUUAUACAGUUGCUUAUACUGCUAUUAAAAAUCGAUAUCAAAAUAAAAGAUUGCUGGCUACUUAUCAUUAUAAUGAAAUCUGUCAAGCUGGACAGGUCAGAAAAGGAACUUGUACUGAACUUUUUAAAUAUUUUUUCCGAAAAUAUUUCUGCGCUAGCGUUUUGCAAUUUCCUGUUACUCAUUGGGAUUUUCUCUUAUUUAAUAUGUUAUUGCAAAAAUUAAAUGUUUCUAUUAGGACUGAUUUUGAAGUUCAAAAUACUGUCGAAAUUCCGACAUAUUCAGAUUUAACACAUUUUUUGGAAAAUAAAUGUAAAGCCUUAGAGUCAGUUCAGUUUACUACUUCAUACAAUAAUGAACAUUAUAAGGAUAAGAGCAAACAAUCGUAUCAAUCCUCUAGUUUUUCAUCUAAUAAAAAAUCUUCAGAAAUUAAAACUGGUUAUCCAGCCUUUAUGACAACAAGUAAUAACAAUGCCACACCAUAUCAAUCUAAUAAGGGGGACAAACUGAAAUGUGUACUGUGUUCAUCUUCACAUGCAUUAUACAGAUGUUUUUCCUUUCUUUCAAAAACACCGCAGGACCGGUUAAACUUUGCUAAACAACACAAUUUAUGUACAAAUUGUUUGUUAUCUUCCCAUUCUGUACGAAAAUGCAAUUCUUCUUUUAAAUGUAAAAUUUGUGGAUCUCCUCAUCACACAUUAUUGCAUCUGGAUAAAGCUAUAGAUAGUUCUUCAUCUAAUACUCCAGUCAAUUCAAAUUUCAAUCACACUGAUGACCGUGCAAUCCUAGAGUCAACUCCUGGCCCUUCUGUCAGUGCUAUGGCGAGCACGUUAUCUACUAAACAAUCUACGGUUUUAUUAUCUACAGCCAUUGUCGACAUCAAAGAUAUUCGGGGAAACUUUCAACAAAUUCGAAUUCUCUUUGACUCCGCUAGCAUGGCUAACUUUAUUACAGAAAAAUGUGUAAAUCGUCUUGGAUUACCACGCAAACGCUUUUCUAUUCCCAUUGAAGGACUUAAUGGAAUGUCGGCGCAAACAAAUCAGGGCGUCACACAUUGUACGAUUAAACCAUGUAAUGAUUCUAAUCCUCUAUUCUCUUUUGAUAGUAUCAUUUUACCGAAAAUUUGUUCUGACCAACCUAAGAUAAAUAUAAAUCCUUUGUCUUGGACACAUAUCCAGAAUCUUAAAUUAGCUGAUUAUUCAUUUCAUAAACCAGGUCCUAUUGACCUUUUAAUUGGUGCUGAAUUGGUACCUCAUAUUCUACGUUCGGGACGGAUUUUAGGUGAACCGGGUCAACCUGUUGCUUUAGAAACAAUUUUCGGAUAUAUUCUUCAAGGUAUGGCAGUUUCUGACCAUGUACCGUUACAUAAUUCAACUUUGCUAAGCUGCCAUACUUCUAUUGAAAAUAACUUAGAUAUUCAGCUUCAAAAAUUUUGGGAAGUUGAGGAAAUUCCUAAAAUUUCUAGCCUGUCUACUGAGGAUGUCCAGUGUGAGGAAAUUUAUAGAUCGCUAACUUAUAGAGAUCAGUCUGGCAGAUUCUGUGUACCUCUUCCGUUUAAAAUACCGAAUCCAUUCUUCCGUAAUACAUGUUUCAAGCUCGUCGACUAUUUACAUCACUAG